UAUUUUUUUAAGCAAUGGAAAUUCCUUCGUCUUCAUCCGAAGUAAUGUGCACUGACAUAAAAGAAAGAUUGGGCUUUCAAGUGGAUUUUUCUUGGGGUGUUGGUUCCUUUCGACAAUGUGCAGGAUUCCCGGCGCGAUUUCUCGACCCACAGGAUCAGAACUGCUACUUUACCCCACUUGGUUCCCUUGUAGUUUGCUGGGAUGUGACAACAAGACAAAGGAAGUACUCUUUUCAAGCCCACAGUGAUUUGAUUACUGUCAUGCUCUAUAAUUCCCACCUCAACGCCACUCUGACUGCGUGUUAUAGUGGUGAAAUUAAACUUUGGAGUCCAAACUGGGAAUUGCUCCUCAGCUGUAAUGCAACAAUUGGAGAUGUUCAUUUUGCUGACUGGUCAACAAAUGGAAAGCGAAUUGUACUCUGUGGCGAUAGUAUUCUUUCGGAUUCUGUUGUGAUCGUAUUCGACCUGGUUAAGCAGCACGAAAAAUGGGAAAUUCAAGAAAGGUGGACGGUAUCCCCCAAAACGCACAAAUUAGGCACUCAAAGUUCUUGCAGCUCUUUCCAAGAAAAAAAAGGUUCGGGAGACCUCACUGAAACACCUGAAUCAUUCAUCAACGAAGGCGAACCAAGCUCUACAUAUGUAGAGCAGAAAGAUUUCUAUGACAUGGCCAUCUUUGCAUCACAGAACAAUGUUAUUGCACUUCUUCAGAGACACCACAAUCAUUUCAGUGAAGCUCACCUGUUCUCAGAAACUGGCAUUUUCUUGAAAUCUCAAGCCCUAGACCCCCUUGGAGAUUCGAAAGCAUCUCUGAUGUGUUUGUCACCAUGCCACAAUGGUAUUGUGGCUGUGGGAUUUCAGGGAGGAAUCUUUCUCCUGCUCCAUGAGGCUGAUCUGUCAAUUGCAUCAUUCCUUCAGGCCACAGGUUCAGCACAGGUUGCACUGUGGCAUGAAAACUACCUUCUUGCUGUUUCUUACUUGUCAGGAAUUUUUUCCUGGUGGACAACCGGAGGAGAACUUGUUCACGAAAUUAAAGGAGGCCCUACAAAUUCUAUUAUCCAUCUCAACUGGGCAGUACCAGGAAGAGCUCUAUGGGUAGGUGGAAUCAUGUCUCUCCAUCAUCUCUCAUUGGAAUACAACAACCCUGGAGACCAAUUUCCUCACUUUUUAAAGCAGGACCAUGACUUAAAAUUUCUUGAAGUCACUGGAUGUGGAGUUGCAAUGAAUGAGAAAAACUUAGUCCUGGCAGGAGAUUUCACAGGUAACAUCUACAUAUGGCAAAAGGGUAAAACUGAUCCAAUAUUCAAAACAAAGCAUGAAAGCUCCAUCAGAUGUCUUACCUGGAACAAUGACUAUGCUUUCAUUGGUUGUUUGGAUGGUGAUCUUCUAAGAUGGUUACCAAAUGGAGAUGUUCCUCCAUGUACUGCUUUGACUUGUCUUGGUGGCAUUUUGACAAUGGCUUGGUCACAUGAUUGCACCAGCUUAGCAAUUGGCUUGGACAGUGGGCAUCUGUGCCUUUACAUGUUUCAACCAAUCAACUCCUCUCAGCCCGAGGAACUCCUAAAUUUUAGAGCUCAUUUUAGUGAGAGAGAGGGCCAACAGGUGGCAGCUGAAAUCUGGAGUUUGUGUUGGAGUCCAUGUUCAUCUAUGAUUGCCACAGCAUCUGAGGAUCAGACAGCCUGUGUAUGGAAUUCCUCCAAUGGAGUAAAAAUCAAAACACUUACUGGGCAUACAACAGCUGUGACAUCAAUUGACUGGAAGGAAAUGGCAAAUGGGCAGUUGUUAUUGGCAACUUGUGCUGAUGACAGGACAGUGCACUUACGAGAUGGCGUUAAUUUUGAGAUGAAGCAUGUCUUUGGCACAAAAGACAUCCCAGGAUGGUACACACUUACCUACCUGAGCUUGAACCCCACCAAGCAUUGGUGUCUCUGUUCAACGCAGAAUGGGCGUUUAGUUCUCUGGGACUGCUUGAGUGGUGAAAGACUUGCAUGCAGGAAAAUGCAUGCAGGUUCUAUUGAAGGAUUGGUGUGGAACAAUGAUUAUUCUCUGUGUGCCACUGUUAGUUCAGACUGUGUAGUGAACACAUUUAGUGUGGACGAAAUACAAUCAAAAUUGUGAUACAAAAUUAUAAAUGCGGUGGACUUUUUCUACCUGUUUUAGUUGGUGUAUGUACAUGUACACAUGUAUGAUGGUUUAAGAUAUGAAAAUCCUGCAUAGCCACA